GGUCCAGUGUGACAGUAAAACAUGAAUAACUUUGAAAUCAUUCGGAUGAUCGGGGAAGGAGCAUUUGGAAAGGCUUUUCUGGCUAAAGGAAAAAAUGACAAAAUCCCAUGUGUAAUCAAAGAAGUGAAUCUCUCCAAGAUGGCCAGGAAGGAGAAAGAGGCUUCCCACAAGGAGGUUACCCUCCUGGCUAAGAUGAAUCACCCAAAUAUUGUCAAAUUUUUCGCAUCAGUAGAAGAGAAUAAUAAUCUGUACAUUGUGAUGGAGUACUGUGAUGGAGGAGACCUGAUGAAGAGGAUUGACCAGCAGAGGGGUGUUCUGUUUAAUGAAGACCAGAUCCUUAACUGGUUUGUGCAGAUUUCUCUGGGUCUGAAACACAUCCAUGACCGCAAAGUCCUCCAUCGUGACAUUAAAGCACAGAACAUCUUUCUGGCUAAUAAUGGAACAUUGCCAAGCUGGGAGACUUUGGUAUAG